AUGCCAUUUAUACCAUGCAGAUUACCGUUGUUCUGCUUCCAAAGGAGUCUCCGAAGAGGACCACUCCUUAUACGGCGUAAUUUACAACUUUCUUCUCGCAUGUGGCAAGAACAACAGGCUAUACCUCAAUUACAACGACAAUUGCUUUCUUUGCAACCUAUUAAACCGAAUGAUUCCCAAGUUUCUGGUACCAUUUUUGAUUCUAAAGGGACAGUUGUUGCAGUCUCUAAAAAAUUCCCCAAAUGGAGGUUUCUUAGAGAUCAUAACCUAUAUCCUCGAGACUUGAGAAAGAUAGAUACAUCCUCAGUAGAUGUGAUUCCAAAUAUCCUGGUGAAGGAAACAUGCAUUUUAGUCAAUUUAUUACAUAUUAAGGCAUUGAUCGAAAAAGAUAAAGUAUAUGUGUUUGAUACUGCCGAUCCAUCGUCUGCCAUUAAAUUAGGUGUCUUAAUGUAUGAUCUAGAAUCAAAACUUUCGCAAAAUACAGGAAACAGUGCAUAUAAACAAUCAUAUGAACAUAAUGCAUUAGAAAGUAUAUUUAUAAAUGUUAUGAGCACUUUGGAAACUGAAUUUAAACAACAAGAGGAAUCAUGUACUAAGGUUUUAAAUGAAUUAGAAAACCAAAUUAAUAGAGAAAAAUUGAGAGAUCUUUUAAUUAAAUCGAAAUUCUUAACUUUAUUUUAUCAAAAGGCAUUUUUAAUUAGAGAUGUUCUUGAUGAAUUAUUGGAAAGUGAUGAAGAUAUGGCUGCAAUGUAUCUAUCGGGACCGAAAUACAAACAGUCAAUAACGCAAGGUUCAGAUAUACACCAUCAUGAUCCUCAAAAGGAAAGCCAUGAUCCCACUGAAGAAGUAGAUAUUACAGAUAUAGAGAUGCUUCUCGAAACAUACUACACCCAAUGUGAUGAAUUUGUUCAACACUCAGAAUCCUUAAUCCAAGAUAUCAAGUCGACUGAAGAAAUUGUGAAUAUCAUUCUUGAUGCAAACAGAAAUUCUUUGAUGCUCUUAGAGUUGAAAGUUACAAUAUAUACAUUGGGUGUCACCGUGGCAACAUUAUUACCUGCAUUUUAUGGUAUGAAUUUAAAGAAUUUUAUAGAAGAAUCAUACGUAGGGUUCGCGGGAGUUGUCGUGUUCUCUAUAUUAUUUGCAUUAUUGGUAACCAAAGCAAAUUUUAGAGCUUUGAAAACUGUGACAAACGUAACUAUGUUAAACUCAACUAAAGCUGCAGAUUUGGUUAAUGGAGCUAAGACCCAGGCUGAACCAGUGGCCCAGACAGUAACAGAACAAAAGUCCAUAUGGAAAAGAAAGAAGCUUAUAUCAUCACCUUUCAAGCUUAACACAAAGAUUACAGGAAGUUCCACUUGGAGUAGAGUCAAAGAUUGGUGUCGCUACGUAUGGUUUGGAAAAUCAAAAACUGAAAACAACAUAUGGACCAAAGAAGAGAGGGAUAUCGUUUGGAAAUGGUUGACAAGUGACAAAGAGAAAUAA